UUUCCGGAGUCAAAUGGUGAAUGAGCUAAUCGUAAGUUCGGAGUUCGCUUUCUCUGUUCUGUUGAGACAUUUCGUUGAUCGGUACGAGUUCAGCUACUUCGACGCUUUCAACCCCUUAGGUGAGGUCUUCGCGGUAAUAGAAAACCGACAAAAUGGCACCGAAACAGAGAAUGCGCAUCGCUAACGAGAAGGCAACCAAAAAUAUCACUCUCAGAGGGAACGUACCCAAGUCUUCGAAAGCUGCAGAGGAUGCCUCACCGGUGGGUCCCUGGCUCUUGGCACUGUUUAUCUUCGUAGUUUGUGGCUCAGCAAUCUUCCAAAUAAUCCAGAGUAUAAGACUAGCGUAGGUGUCAAUAUCGGAGCAUUUACUCCGAUCAGACACUACCUCAGCAGUACAGCUCAUUGAUGAAACAGCAUUUUUCCAUCUGUCUAACAACCAAUGAUGACUGAAGUUCCAAGACAUAAAAUAUCUUUGGCAGAGUUCUACUUCCGGCUUUGAAAAAAAUCCAAAAACCGAUUGAACCGACGUAUCGAUAUGGCUAACUCUGCCAUUAAAUUAUUAAUAUUUAUACAUAAUAACCAGAUUGUCCAUUCAGUCUUAUUAUUCUGAUUUACAAAAACAUCGUCUGCUUUAUUCAUAUCAUAAACACAGAAUGAUUAAAAAUACAUACAAAAAAUAAUAAUAACAAUAAUAAUAAACGAGAACUGUGCAUUUAUGAGCGUUUAAUAUUCAUAAUUCACUGUCAAGUAAUUAUCAGCUAUAGAAAUCACUCGUGGGUAUUUAAAUACCGCGUCGAUGAAAGUUAUGAAGAGAAGUAAACUUGAAAAAUAAAAUGUUUGGAUCUAUAAUUCAGUCUCCAACGACUGAUUUUCUAAAGUCUUUCCAUAACGAGACUUGCUCUCUUUCCUCGACCCUCUGUAUAGUAAGUUUAUGUAAAUAGAUAUUAAGUAAACAUAUUUAUACAUAUAUACUCAAUAUGGAUGUAUAAAUUGAUUUUGCCCAACGCAUUCCAUUGUAAAUUAAUUAUACAUAAAUACAUAUGAAUAAUGGCGCCAUAUUUUUUAUCAGUAAAACCGGGCACUAUCACUAUUACUGGAUAACGAAAUAAAAAAAUAACAUGAAAUAAUAAA